UGCCCCUCUUGUGUGAUGUAAGAUCAGGCGUAUUCUGCAUUGAGAAGUCAAGACACACAAGAAGCUCACACACAUACACACACCUACAGUCCUGCUAGGAAGCAGAGAGAGAAAGAGAGGGGAAGGCAGCAAAGCUGGCUCUCACUUAGCACAAUAAUUCCUUUUUUUUUUUUUUUUUCUCCCUACCCACCACCACCACCACUACUGACAAUUGUAAAUUGCUGCUGACUUAGUAAGUGAGUGUGCAGUGAGGCAGCUGCAAGCUUCACACUGCUGCAACGAUGUCUCAGUUCCUCCUAGCCUUAUUGGCUCUAUCAGGAUUAUUACCUAUGGCUAAGGUGCUGACACUGGGAGCUGAAGCAGAGCCACAGUUAUGUGACCUCGGGGAAUUCCUAUGUCACGAUAAUGUCACGUGUGUGUCACAGAGCUGGCUAUGUGACGGAGAACAGGAUUGUCCCGAUAAGUCAGAUGAAACGCUAGGUCACUCGUACAGAUGUAUUGGUACAGUAUAUAAGUGCCCCACAAAUCACAUACUUUGCAUUGGAUCCAAAACAUGCAUUCAUCUCUCAAAGCUCUGCAAUGGAGUAUUCGACUGCACUGAUGGCUACGAUGAAGGGGCACACUGUCGGGAUCUGCAGUCGGCGUGUCACAAGAAGAGCUGCCAAUACAGAUGUGGAAUCAGCAGAAACAGCACCCAGUGCUACUGCAGGGACGGCUAUGAAUUAGCAGCAGACAGGAGGAGCUGUGUAGAUGUAGAUGAGUGCACAUUGUACGGAUCCUGCAGUCAGACUUGUAGGAAUACACAGGGGUCUUACACAUGCAGCUGUGUGGAGGGCUACAUCAUGCAAUCUGACAACCGCUCCUGCAAAGCAAAAAAUGAGCCCGCUGACAGACCUCCGCUUCUUUUGAUUGCAAACUCUGAAACAAUUGAAGUGCUGGAUAUUAAUGGGGGCAAAGCGCUCAAUAGGAGUUCUAUAAAUGCAAAUGGAAUUCACACGCUGGAUUUUUUUUAUGAUGAAAACACAGUUUGCUGGAUCGAAUCCAAAAAGUCUUCGUACCAACUAAAGUGCCACAGAAUCAAAAAGACCUGGACCUUUACAGAGGAAAGAACAAUACACGUAUCACAAUAUCUCCGCAAUGUUCAACAAAUGGCGGUUGACUGGCUGACCGGCAACUUUUACUUUGUGGAUCAUGGCAGCGACAAAGUUUUUACAUGUAACCGUAAUGGAACUGUUUGUAUAACCUUGAUAGAUCUGGAUCUCCACAACGCAAAGGCAAUUGCACUGGAUCCAAUUGCAGGGAAACUGUUCUUUACAGAUUAUGGCAAUGUGGCUAAAGUUGAACGUUGUGACUUGGAUGGAGGGAACAGAACAAGGAUAGUUGUUUCCAAAAUUGAGCAACCAAUUGCAAUUGCAUUGGAUCUUGUUAAUCGACUGGUAUAUUGGGCAGAUAUCUACCUGGAUACUAUUGAAGUAGCGGAUUAUGAAGGAAGGAACAGGCACAUAAUAGUACAUGGGCAAGAGGUUAGUCAAGUGUAUGGAUUAUCUUUGUUUGAAAACUAUUUGUAUACAACCAACCUGGACACAUCCAAUAUCCUGAAAAUGAACAGAUUCAAUAACACAGAUGUACAGUCGCUGCUGAUCCUGGAGAAUGCCCGUGGUAUAAAGAUCUAUCAUAAGCGUGCCCAGCCGUCAGUCAGGAGCCAUGCAUGUGAAAUAAACCCAGAUGGCAUGCCGGGGGGCUGUUCGCACAUCUGUUUGCUCGGAUCAAGCUACAAAACAAGGACCUGCCGAUGCAAAACUGGAUUUAGUCUGGCAAGUGAUGGAAGGUCCUGCAAAAAACCUAAGAAUGAAUUGUUCCUAUUUUAUGGGAAAGGUCGUCCGGGAAUAAUCAGGGGGAUGGACCUCAACACCAGAGUGUCUGAUGAAUAUAUGACUCCUAUAGAAAAUUUAGUCAACCCUCGUGCUUUGGAUUAUCAUGCAGAAUCCAACUAUAUAUAUUUUGCGGACACCACCAGCUUUCUCAUUGGCCGACAGAAGAUUGACGGGACAGGGAGAGAAACUAUCCUUAAAGAUGAUCUUGACAAUGUGGAAGGAAUAGCGGUGGACUGGAUUGGGAAUAAUCUCUACUGGACAAACGAUGGACACAAGAAAACUAUCAACGUUGCUCGGCUGGAGAAGGCGUCGCAGAGCAGGAAAACUUUAUUGGAGGGAGACAUGUCACAUCCCAGAGGAAUCGUGGUGGAUCCUAACAAUGGCUGGAUGUAUUGGACAGACUGGGAGGAAGACGUGGUUGACGACAGCGUGGGACGUAUAGAGAAGUCCUGGAUGAAUGGAUUUAAUAGACAGAUUUUUGUUACCACUAAGAUGCUGUGGCCCAAUGGAUUAUCCUUGGAUUAUGAAAACAAUUUACUCUACUGGUGCGAUGCGUACUAUGACCACAUCGAGCAGAUAUUCCUCAAUGGGACCAACAGAAAGGUAGUCGGUAGUGGGAAAGAGUUAAAUCAUCCCUUUGGACUCUCACACCAUGGCCAGUAUGUCUUCUGGACGGACUAUAUGAAUGGCUACAUAUUCCAGCUUAAUCUGAAAACCAACAAUAUUACUCUCCUAAGACAAGAGAGGCCUCCACUCUUUGGACUCCAGAUUUACGACCCAAGAAAACAGCAAGGUGACAACGCUUGCCGGAUAAACAAUGGGGGCUGCGGUACGCUUUGCCUCGCCGUUCCUGGAGGGAGAGUUUGCGGUUGUGCUGAUAACCAGCAUUUGGAUGAAAACAAUUCAACUUGUGUGUUUAAUAGUGAUGAGACAUUACCAAAGUUGUGCAGUUUGGAAGAAUUUCAGUGUAGAAACCAACACUGUAUUCAAGAAGGCUGGAAAUGUGAUGGUGAAGAUGACUGUCUAGAUGGGAGCGAUGAAGAUGUUGGAGCUUGCGUGAACCACAGCUGUCCAGGAGACCAAUUUAAGUGCCAAAGUAACCGCUGUAUCCCCAAGAGGUGGCUUUGCGAUGGAGCAAAUGAUUGUGGCAAUAAUGAAGAUGAAUCUAAUGAAACCUGCGCAGCGAGGACUUGUCAAGCUCACCAGUUCUCCUGCUCUAAUGGGCGCUGUAUAUCAAAAUCCUGGAUGUGCGACCAAGAGGAUGAUUGUGGGGACAAGUCUGAUGAGCAGGCAUCCUGUGAACUUCAGACUUGUGACUCUGUGACACAGUUUGUUUGUGGAAAUGGUCGAUGUAUCAGUCACAAAUGGCUAUGUGAUUCAGAUGAUGACUGCGGGGAUGGCAGCGAUGAGCAGGGAUGCUCCGUCUCGUGCUCAGAUAAGCAGUUUCGCUGUUCUAGUGACCGCUGUAUUCCGGCGCACUGGGUGUGCGAUGGCGACAAUGAUUGUGAGGAUUCCAGUGAUGAGUCUCACCCCAACUGCUCCAGAACAGCGAUUCCUGCUUUGAGACCUUGUGAAGAUAAACAAUUUCAAUGUCAACCAGAUGGGAAUUGUAUCCUGGAGUUAUGGAUCUGUGAUGGGGAGAAGGACUGUGAAGAUGGCAGCGAUGAAAGAGGCUGCAACGGAACUCUGCGCCAAUGUGAUGUGAAGACGAAAUUUGCUUGUAAAAACACAGGGAGAUGCAUUAGCAAUGCAUGGGUAUGUGAUGGCGAUAUUGAUUGUGACGACCAUUCUGAUGAGGAUAAUUGCGAAGGUUAUAUGUGUGGACCACCCAAAUACCCCUGUGCUAACGAUUCCUCCAUCUGCCUGCAGCCUGAGAAGCUAUGCAAUGGGAGAAGAGAUUGUCCCGAUGGAUCUGAUGAAGGCGAAAUUUGUGAUAAAUGUUAUUUGAAUAAUGGCGGCUGCAGUCACCAGUGCAGCGUUGCUCCCGGAAGAGGAAUUGUUUGCUCCUGCCCCCAGGGAAUGUAUCUGAGUGUUGAUAACAAGACGUGUGACAUUGUGGAUUAUUGCACGAAGCAUCUAAGAUGCAGUCAAGUGUGUGAGCAACACAAAUAUGUUGUCAAAUGUUCAUGUUAUGAGGGCUGGACAUUAAAUCCUGAUGGAGAAACAUGCAGCAAUGUUGAUAUGUUUGAGGCUUUCAUCAUUUUUUCCAUCCGUCAUGAGAUAAGACGGAUCGACCUUCAUAAAAGGGAUUACAGCCUAUUAGUGCCUGGUUUAAGAAACACUAUUGCAUUGGAUUUCCAUUUUAAUCAGAGUUUGCUUUACUGGACUGAUGUGGUGGAAGAUAAAAUAUAUAGAGGUCGAUUAUCGGAGACAUCAGGUGUAAGUGGAAUUGAAGUAGUUAUUCAGCAUGGUCUGGCCACACCUGAGGGCUUAGCAAUAGACUGGAUAGCUGGGAACAUGUAUUGGAUAGAUAGUAAUUUGGAUCAAAUCGAAGUGGCUAAAUUAGAUGGCAAAAUGAGAUCGACAUUGAUAGCCGGUGGAAUGGAACACCCCAGAGCCAUCGCUUUGGAUCCAAGAUAUGGAAUAUUGUUUUGGACGGAUUGGGAUGCCACAUUUCCACGUAUCGAGUCAGCAUCGAUGAGUGGAGCGGGAAGGAAGAUUAUUUAUAAAGAUAUGGAAAGUGGAGCCUGGCCCAAUGGUCUCACUGUGGAUCAUUUUGAAAGAAGAAUAGUUUGGACAGAUGCCAGGUCAGAUGCAAUAUAUUCAGCUCUGUAUGAUGGAACCUCCAUGAGGGAAAUUAUAAGGGGUCACGAAUACCUUUCCCACCCUUUUGCUGUAUCAUUGUAUGGCAGUGACGUUUACUGGACAGACUGGAGAACAAACACUUUGUCUAAGGCAAACAAAUGGACCGGUCACAAUGUAAGCGUCAUACAAAAGACCAGCGCACAACCAUUUGAUAUACAAAUUUACCACCCAAGCCGCCAGCCUCAAGCUCCCAACCCUUGUGCUGCUGGUAACGGGAGAGGCCCAUGUUCCCAUUUGUGUUUGCUAAAUUUUAACAGAACAGCCGCUUGUGCCUGCCCUCACCUGAUGAAGCUAUCCACCGAUAAAAGAACUUGUCGGGAGAUGAAGAAAUUCUUGAUCUAUGCAAGAAGGUCAGAGAUACGAGGAGUGGACAUAGACAACCCAUACUUUAACUUUAUUACGGCGUUCACUGUCCCGGAUAUUGAUGAUGUCACGGUAGUCGACUUUGAUUCUGUAGAAGAGAGGUUGUAUUGGACUGAUGUAAAGACCCAGACCAUCAAGCGUGCAUUUAUAAAUGGAACUGGCUUGGAGACAGUAAUUUCUGGAGAUCUCCAUAGUAUCAGAGGACUGGCGGUGGACUGGGUAUCUCGUAACUUGUACUGGAUUAGUUCCGAGUUUGACGAAACUCAAAUUAAUGUGGCCAGAUUGGAUGGGUCAUUGAAGACAUCAGUCAUUCAUGGGAUUGAUAAGGCUCAGAGCUUAGCCGUUCACCCAAUCAGGGGGAAGAUAUUCUGGAUGGAUGGAAACAGCAUUAAUAUGGCAAAUAUGGAUGGAAGCAACAGCAAGAUCCUCUUUCAGAAUCAAAAAGAACCUGUUGGUUUAUCGAUAGACUACGCGGACAACAAGUUAUAUUGGAUCAGCUCUGGUAACGGAACCAUAAAUAGAUGUAACCUGGAUGGCAGCAAUUUAGAAGUAAUAGAGUCAAUAAAGAAGGAAUUAACAAAAGCCACUGCAUUAACUAUUGUGGAUAACAAGCUCUGGUGGGCUGACCAAAACCUUGGUCAAAUGGGAACUUGCAAUAAAAAAGAUGGCAGCAACAUCAUGAUUGUACGGAACAAGACUGCAGGAGUUGUUCACAUGAAGCUCUAUGAUAAAGACGUCCAGCAAGGAAGUAAUCCCUGUCAGAUCAGCAAUGGCGGAUGUUCCCAGCUUUGUUUACCAACUUCUGAAACAACGAGAACAUGCAUGUGCACUGUUGGCUACAACCUUCGAAAGAAUCGCAUGUCCUGUCAAGGUAUAGAGUCGUUUCUCAUGUAUUCCGUACACGAAGGUGUUAGAGGCAUUCCCCUUGAUCCAAGUGACAGAAUGGACGCACUCAUGCCCAUUUCUGGAACCUCUUUUGCUGUGGGCAUAGAUUUCCAUGCAGGGAAUGACACAAUCUAUUGGACCGAUAUGGGAUACAAUAAAAUCAGCCGCUCCAAAAGAGACCAGACCUGGAGAGAGAAUAUAAUCACAAAUGGACUUGGGAGAGUGGAAGGAAUAGCAAUUGACUGGAUAGCCGGUAACAUCUACUGGGCAGACCAUGGUUUCAAUCUAAUUGAAGUGGCAAGACUUAAUGGGUCCUUCAGAUACGUAGUCAUCUCCAGAAAUAUCGAUCAGCCCAGAGAUGUAGCCGUACAUCCAGAAAAAGGUUACCUUUUCUGGACUGAAUGGGGGCAGACUCCAUGUAUAAGCAGAGCCCGGCUGGAUGGAUCUGAGAGGACUCUACUGGUGAACACAGGAAUCUCUUGGCCCAAUGGGAUCUCCGUAGACUAUGAGGAAAACAAAUUAUACUGGUGCGACGCCCGUACGGACAAGAUAGAAAGGAUCGACCUUGAAAGUGGACGGAAUCGGGAGAUUGUGCUGUCAGGGAGCAAUGUGGAUAUGUUUUCAGUUGUCGUCUUCGGGGCUUACAUCUACUGGUCUGACAGAGCGCACUCAAACGGCUCCAUCAGAAGGGGCCACAAGAAUGACGCCUCCGAUGCCGUCACCAUGAGAACAGGACUCGGAAUUAACCUGAAGGAUGUAAAGGUCUUUAAUCGGGCAAGAGAAAAAGGAACCAACAUCUGUGCUAAAAACAAUGGAGGAUGUCAACAAAUUUGCUUAUACCGGGGGAAUAUGCAAAGGACGUGUGCUUGCGCUCAUGGAUAUUUAGCCAAAAAUGGGAUUACUUGUUUGAAACAUGAGGGUUAUUUACUGUACUCUGGAAGAACAGUUUUGAAAAGUAUUCACCUUUAUGAUGAAGCCAAUCUGAAUUCACCCAUACAGCCGUACGAAAACGCGGAAUAUUUCAAAAACAUUGUCUCCUUGGCAUUUGACUACAAUUUCAGUGAAAAAGGCUCAAACCGCAUUUUCUACAGUGACGCCCAUUAUGGAAAUAUCCAGUUAAUCAAAGACGACUGGACGGGAAGAAAAAUCAUUGUUGAAAAUGUGGGCUCUGUGGAAGGUCUGGCUUAUCACCAAGCUUGGGAUACUCUCUACUGGACAAGUUCUACUACCUCAUCCAUCACGCGCCAUACUGUGGACCAGAGUCGGAGAGGGGCCUUCAACAGGCAGCCGGUUAUCACCAUGUCUGAAGAUGACCACCCUCAUGUUCUAGCACUCGAUGAAUGCCAAAAUUUAAUGUUUUGGACUAACUGGAAUGAACAACACCCGAGUAUCAUGAGAUCCACCCUUUCUGGGAAAAAUGCCCAGGUCAUCGUCAGCACAGACAUUGUUACUCCGAAUGGUCUGACCAUUGAUCACUCCGCUGAGAAACUCUACUACUCUGAUGGCAGCCUGGGGAAGAUCGAGAGAUGCGAAUACGAUGGAUCACACAGAUUCGUAAUUGUAAGAUCAGGACCUGGUACAUUCCUCAGUAUGGCUAUAUAUGAUAAUUAUAUAUUCUGGUCAGAUUGGGUAAGAAGAGCAAUUUUGCGAUCCAACAAAUACACAGGAGGGGAAACAAAGGUUCUACGAGCAGAUAUCCCUCAUCAACCAAUGGGGAUCAUUGCUGUGGCCAAUGACACUAAUAGCUGUGAAUUGUCGCCCUGUUCCUACAUGAAUGGAGGUUGCCAUGACCUUUGCCUUCUUACCGCCGAUGGUCGAGUCAACUGUUCGUGUAGAGGAGACCGAGUAUUAUUAGAUGACAACAGAUGUGUGACCAGAAAUUCAUCUUGCAACAUGUUUUCCGAGUUUGAAUGUGGGAAUGGUGAAUGUGUUGAGUAUGAAUUGACCUGUGAUGGCAUUGCCCACUGUAAAGACAGGUCAGAUGAAAAGAAUUCCUACUGUGAAAACCGGAGCUGUUGGAAAGGCUUUAAGCUUUGUGGGAAUCGGCGGUGUAUUUCCAAUAAUAAAGUAUGUGAUGAUGAAGAUGACUGUGGGGACAAUACAGACGAACUAGACUGCAAAGUUUCCACAUGUGCAUCUACGGAGUUCCGCUGCACCGAUGGGACCUGUGUUACUAAAUCGGCUCAAUGUAACCAGAUGAUUGACUGCUCUGAUGCUUCAGAUGAAAAGAACUGCAACAAUACUGACUGCUCUCAUUAUUACAAGCUCGGAGUGAAAAAGAGCGGAUUUAUACCCUGUAACUCCACUUCCCUCUGCAUUCUGCCAGAAUGGAUCUGCGACGGCGCAAACGACUGCGGGGACUAUUCCGAUGAAUUAAAAUGCCCAGCAAAAAAACUACAAAAAUGUAAAGAAAAUUACUUUGCCUGCCGCAGUGGGAGGUGCAUUUUAAAUACAUGGGUAUGUGAUGGCCAGAAAGACUGUGAGGAUGGGACCGAUGAGCUGCACUGUGGUACUUCAUGCUCAUGGAGUCAGUUUGCCUGCUCAAAAAACAAGUGUAUAUCUAAACAAUGGAUGUGCGAUGGAGAGGACGACUGUGGGGACGGUUCAGACGAAAGUGAUGACAUCUGUGGUGCUGUGACCUGUGCUUCUGAUAUGUAUAGCUGCCCUAAUUCCCACGCCUGUGUUCCUUUCCAUUGGCUGUGUGAUGGAGAAAGAGAUUGUCCCAAUGGUAGUGAUGAACUUUCUACUGCUGGCUGUGCUCCUGUUACUACCUGUGAUGAAAACGCUUUUAUGUGCAACAACAAAAUCUGCAUCCCUAAGCAGUUCCUAUGUGACCACGAUGACGACUGCGGAGACGGCUCUGAUGAAUCUUUGGAAUGUGGUUACCGCCAAUGCGCCCCGGAUGAGUUUAUCUGUGCCGAUGGACGCUGCUUGCUGAAUUUUCAGUGGCAAUGUGAUGGGGACUAUGACUGCCCUGAUGGCUCGGAUGAAGCACCCCUGAAUAGGAAAUGCCUGAAUGCUGAACAGUCGUGCAACAGCUCAUCUUUUAUAUGUAAAAAUGGAAAAUGUGUACCUGAGGGAGUUCUUUGUGACACCACGGAUGACUGUGGAGAUGGAUCUGAUGAGAGAGGCUGCCAUCUAAAUGAAUGUUUAAGUAAAAGAGUCAGUGGUUGCUCCCAAGACUGUCAAGAUCUCCCAGUUGGAUACAAGUGCCAGUGCUGGCCCGGAUUUCGAUUAAAGAAUGACGGGAAGAUGUGUGUGGACAUUGAUGAAUGUUCCGACGGUUUUCCCUGUAGCCAGCAAUGCAUCAAUACAUACGGGACGUACAAGUGCGUGUGUUCAGACGGGUAUGAAAUACACCCUGAAAACCAAAAUGGCUGCAAAUCUCUAUCAGCGGAAGACCCUUUCCUCCUCCUCGCUGAUCACCAUGAAAUCAGAAGAAUGAGCACUGAUGGAUCCAAUUACACUAUGCUGAAGCAGAAUGAUUGUAUUCUUUGUCAGGGAUUAAACAAUGCAAUUGCAAUGGACUUUGAUUACAGAGAAGAGGUUGUCUAUUGGAUCGAUUCCAGCAGAUCCAACGGAAGCCGUGUAAAUCGGAUGUUUGUGAAUGGCAGCGAUGUGAAGGUAGUACAUAACACAGCUAUACCCAAUGCACUUGCUGUGGACUGGAUUGGGAAGAACCUCUAUUGGUUUGAUACAGAGAAGCGGGUUAUCGAAGUGUCCAAGCUCAAUGGCUUAUACCCCACCAUACUUGUUAGCAAAAAGAUAAAGUUCCUGAGAGAUUUAUCACUCGACCCACAAACAAGGUAUUUGUACUGGAUAGACUGCUGCGAGUAUCCUCAUGUCGGACGUGUUGGGAUGGAUGGAUCCAAUCAAAGUGUUGUCAUAGAAACGAUGAUUUCCAGACCAACAGCCUUGACAAUAGAUUAUGUCAACAAACGAAUUUACUGGGCCGAUGAGAAUCAUAUUGAAUUCUCAGAUAUGGAUGGAUUCCGUCGACACAAAGUCCACAACCAAGAGAUUCAGGGCGUGAUGGCCUUAACGUUAUUUGAAGACUACAUCUACUGGACAGAUGGAAAAAGCAAGUCUUUGAGUCGAGCCUACAAAACCUCAGGAGCAGACAAGACGUUACUACUGAACUCUUGGCACACCAUAUUGGAUAUUGAAGUCUACCAUGCUUACCGGCAGCCUGAUGUGCCUGACCACCCUUGUAAAAUUAAUAACGGAGACUGCAGUCACUUAUGUCUAUUAUCGCCCCACCGGUCACACACCUGUGCCUGCCCCACAAAUUUUUACCUCGCAGAAGAUAAUAAGACAUGCCUGUCUAACUGUACCGCCAGUCAGUUCCGCUGCAACACAGACAAAUGUAUUCCAUUUUGGUGGAAAUGUGACACAGUAGAUGACUGUGGUGAUGGAUCCGAUGAGCCUCCUGAAUGCCCCGAAUUCAAGUGCCAGCCGGGGAGGUUUCAAUGCGGUAGUGGACUUUGCGCGCUCCCGGCUUUUAUCUGCGACGGAGAAAACGAUUGUGGGGACAAUUCCGAUGAACUCAACUGUGACACCUACGCCUGUCUAUCGGGUCAGUUCAAAUGCACAAAGAAGCAGAAAUGCAUCCCCAUAAAUCUGCGCUGCAACGGCCAGAACGACUGCGGAGAUGAAGAAGAUGAGAUUGAUUGCCCCGAAAACAGCUGCUCUCCCGACCACUUCCAAUGUAAAACUACAAAGCAUUGUAUAUCUAAACUCUGGGUGUGUGAUGAAGAUGCCGACUGUGCGGACGGAUCCGAUGAAGCCAACUGCGAUAAAAAGACCUGCAGUCCUCACGAGUAUCAGUGCAAAAACAAAAAUUGUAUUCCCGAUCACUGGCGGUGUGAUGGUCAGAAUGACUGUGGAGAUAACUCAGAUGAAGACUCCUGCAAACCCCAGACGUGUGCAUUGAAAGAGUUUCUCUGUGGAAAUGGUGACUGCAUUUCGUCAAGGUUUUGGUGUGAUGGAGAAUAUGACUGUGCAGAUGGAACAGAUGAGAGAAACUGUGAGAAUGGCUGCUCCAAAGACCAGUUCCUGUGCGCCACGGGUCAGUGCAUUCCUGCCAAAUGGAAGUGUGAUGGACACGAGGACUGUAAAAGUGGAGACGAUGAGAAGGAUUGCGAGCCAGCAUCACCAACCUGUUCCUCCAGCGAGUAUGUCUGUGACAGUGGGGGAUGCAUCUCAGCGUACCUCAGGUGUAAUGGGGAAUAUGACUGUGCUGAUGGCUCCGAUGAGGUUGACUGUGUGACCGACUGCAAAGAAAACCAAUAUCGUUGCCGAAAUAAGGCCUAUUGUAUCCCGGUCAGGUGGCUCUGUGACGGGGUCCAUGACUGCGUAGAUGGCAGUGAUGAAGACAACUGUGAGAGAGGGGAGAAUAUCUGCAGAGCCGAUGAGUUCCUCUGCAAUAAUACGCUGUGUAGGCUGCGUCUGUGGCUUUGUGAUGGGGAGGAUAACUGUGGAGAUAACUCCGAUGAAGUGUCUGAAAUGUGUGUCAAAUUUCCAUGCCCAUCGACAAGGCCUUUCCGGUGCCAUAAUAACCGUGUGUGCCUAAGGACGGAGCAGAUUUGUAAUGAACUGGAUGAAUGCGGAGAUAACUCCGAUGAGGCUCACUGUGGAACAAGGCAGAAAGUGAAACCUUGCAAGAAGGAUGAAUUUACCUGCGAUAAUAAAAAGUGCAUAGUGUCCGAUCUGCAAUGUGACCAAUUUGAUGACUGUGGAGAUGGAAGUGAUGAGCGAGGAUGCAAAAUAGAGCCCGGCUUAUACUCCUGCGAAUCAGAGGUAAAUCCUUGCGGAGACGAUGCCUACUGUAAUCAAACAAGCACACCUGCUUUUUGUCACUGUAAAAGCGGCUUCCAGAGAAACUUAAAGAACCGACAGUGUGAAGAUAUCAAUGAGUGCUUACUCCUAGGAAGCUGUUCUCACCAUUGUACUAACUUAAAGGGGUCCUACCGAUGCUCCUGCGACAGAAACUUCAUAGAAAGGGGCAACAGUUGCACCAUCAAAGACUCAGAAGAACAAAUACUCUAUGUCGCCAAUGACACUGAGGUCCUGGCUUUUAGAUUUCCCUUUGACCACAACACAGAGCAUCAACAGAUAUCUCGUAUUGCGCAUAAUUCUCGAAUUACAGGAAUGGACAUGUAUCUGCAAGGCAAUAUGAUCAUAUGGAGUACGCAAUUUAAUCCCGGAGGAAUAUAUUACAAUACAUUUCAUGGUAGAAGAGGAAAAGAAACCAGAAGUGGUUUAAUUUGCCCUGAAUUUAAAAGACCUCGGGAUAUUGCUGUGGACUGGGUGGCCGGAAACGUCUACUGGACGGACCACUCCCGCAUGCAUUGGUUCAGUUAUUAUACCACACACUGGGCACGCCUGAGAUAUUCCAUAAAUGUUGGUCAAAUAAAUGGUCCCAACUGUACACGACUCCUCAGUAACAUAGCAGGGGAGCCUUAUGCCAUUGCUGUGAAUCCGAAAAAAGGGAUGAUGUAUUGGACAGUCAUCGGAGAUCGGUCACAUAUAGAGGAGGCUGCCAUGGAUGGUACUUUAAGAAGAAUUCUAGUGCAGAAAAAUUUAGAAAGGCCAACAGGACUUGUUGUUGAUUAUUUUGGCCAGCGCCUUUACUGGGCAGACUUUGAAGAAUCUGUUAUUGGUACAGUCCGGCUGGAUGGUUCUGAUUUAGCCAUGGUCGUCAGAAGUAAGCACGGACUGAUGUACCCUCACAGAAUAGACUUAUUCGAGGAUUACAUUUAUGGAGCCGGUCUUAAAAAUGGCGUAUUUAGGAUACAGAAGUUCGGGAAUGGUGCCAUGGAGUAUCUGAACCUAAAUGUGGAAAAAGCAAAAAGUGUCUUGGUCGCGCACCACUACAAGCAGCCUCACUUGCCCAAUCCAUGUCUAGAUAUAAAAUGUGAAUUCAUCUGUCUGCUCAACCCAAUGGGGGCAAUCUGCGGAUGUCCGGAGGGAAAGGCGCUAGUAAACGGGACAUGUUCAGACCAGAAUUAUGCAGAUGACUUAUGCAAACUGACUUGUGAAAAUGGAGGCAGAUGCAUUAUAAAUGAGAAAGGCGAUCCGAGAUGCCACUGCUGGCCCAGUUUCUCCGGAGAAAGAUGCGAAAUGAACCACUGUAGUGAUUACUGCCUGAAUGGAGGAACGUGUACAGCGUCAGCUCUAGGAAAACCAACCUGCAACUGUGCACUGGGUUACACCGGGCCGAACUGCGGUAAAAAGGUCUGUGACAAUGUUUGUCAAAAUGGAGGCACGUGCAGCGUAUCGCCCGGCAAUCAGCCCCUGUGUCAUUGCCUUACCGAAUAUACAGGGGACAGAUGUCAAUACCACGUGUGCCACCACUACUGUGUUAAUUCUGAAUCUUGCACAAUCUCUGAUGAUGGUCGGGUGGAAUGUGUGUGUCCGAUAAAAUAUGAAGGCUCCAAAUGUGAAGUUGACAAAUGUCAGAGAUGUCACGGAGGACUCUGCAUUAUAGAUAAGAACAGCAAUGACGUCAUGUGCAAUUGCAGUAAUGGAAAGAUCGCCUCGAGCUGUCAGUUAUGUGACGGGUACUGUUAUAAUGGGGGCACGUGUCGACUGGACCCGGAGACAAACAUACCUGUCUGUGUAUGCUCUAUGGGGUUUAAAAGUCAGCGCUGUGACCAGAAAAUGAACCCUUGUGAUUACUACUGUCAGAAUGAGGGAAUUUGCACUUUAACAGCGUUUAAUGAACCGAAAUGCAAAUGUUCAGCCAACUGGUCAGGAAAGCAGUGUGAGAGGCCAGCUCCCAAGAGCAGUAAGUCUGACAACGCCAGUUCAAGAAGUAUUGCAAUUAUUGUGCCUCUUGUUCUACUGGUGACUUUAAUAACAACUUUGGUUAUCGGGCUAAUAUUAUGUAAAAGAAGAAGGAGGGCAAAAACAAUCAGAAGACAACCGAUAAUCAAUGGAGGAAUGAAUGUUGAAAUUGGAAAUCCAUCUUAUAAUAUGUACGAGGUGGACCAUGAUCACCACAACGAUGGAACAUUAUUAGACCCAAAUUUUAUUAUAGAACUAGACAAGUCCAGGUUUAUAGCAGGUGGGCAUGCGGCUUUCAAACUGGCCCAUACUGCACAACCUAUCUACAUAAAUUCAGAUCUGAAAGGACCUCUAGCACCAGGGCCAACAAAUUACUCCAACCCAGUUUAUGCAAAACUUUUUGUGGACGGACACAAUUGUCGGAAUUCCUUAAUCAGCGUAGAAGAAAGACGAGAACUUCUUCCAAAGAAAAUUGAAAAUGCGAUCCGGGAGACUGUGGCUUAAUACUUGCUGUUCCGUUACCUUUUAUACUCUGUAUAAAUGUAUAAAAUAUUACUUUUCUAUGUACCAACAGUAUUAUAAUUGUUUUGUCAUCAGCAUUACCUCUUUUUUCAUUUUCUUUGUUUUGCUGAUGACUAGACUGACCAUUUGUAUGGUAUUUUUAUGAAAAAUAAACUGCACUACAGUACGAUUUAAACUAUAAAUGCUGCUGUUAUAGGAUAUCAUUUUAUUUGUUACAACUUAUAAGGACACGCUAUUCCUUUGUAGAGUGCAAGGACAAUGGGAAAUCCGUUUUAUAUGAACUUUUUAGGUUCAAUAUUAUCUUUUCACUUAAAAAGUACAAAUGAUGAAAACUUUUGUUCUGCAUCGUUUGAAAUUGUGAUAUUCUGGGCAUCACUUCAAAUCCAAUCAGUGGGAUGGGAGACAGAGAUUCUAGAUUGCAAUUGCUAAGAAUACAAGUGCACUUGGCCGUUAACCAUGAUGUUGCUUCCUAUGCCAAUGAUCAGAGUGUCUAUUGGUUUUGCUUUAGAAUAGUACAGAAAUACGAAGCAUUGCUAUGGAUGGUCUGAGACUAAGUAGAAAUUUUUGGACAGAGGCAAACUAACAAGCUCCUACGUAUUUUUUAAUAUUUUACUAAAGACUCACAUAGAUGGAAGAGCCAUGAAGGUGGAGCCUGUGCAAUACAGAUUCCCUAGGCACUCCUGAUGUUAGCUUUUUGUGUCUGUGGCAUCUUGUUAUGGAGCUGUUCUUUCCUUGAAGCAAUUCUUCUAGGGUCAAUAGAUAUAAAAUACAGCAUUUUUCUUUAAAUAGAGUCAUAUGGAAUUACAAUAAGACUUAGAGAACUUGGACGCCAUAUUACAAGUUUGUUCAACCCAGAUGACAUGCGGAGCCAUAAUAGUGUUGAGUGCAUAAGGCCUAAUAUUGAGCUCCAGUGCUUGCCUACAAAUUUUUUUUUUACUGGAUUUUUUCAGAUGGUUUUCAGUAUUUUAUAAUAUUUGCAUUUUUGUUAUGAGAGCUUAGUAUAUAUUCUAUAACCUCUCAAUGUUUCUGUGCCAGGGUCCUUCUAGAACAGUCUAAAAAAUCACAGAUUUAGAUAUGAACACAUUGGAACUGUCAAGAAAAAGAAUGGUUAUAUAUUAAAAUGCUAUUUACAUACAGAUACUACACUGCUCAAAAAAUAAAGGGAACACUUAAACAACACAAUGUAACUCCAAGUCAAUGACACUUUUGUGAAAUCCCACUGUCCACUCAGGAAGAACACUGAUUGACAAUCAAUUUCACAUGCUGUUGUGAAAAUGGAACAGACAAUAGGUGGAAAAUAUAGGCAAUUAUAUAGGCAAUUGUAGGUGGUGACCACAGACCAAUUCUUAGUUCCUUUGCUUCCUGGCUGAUGUUUUGGUCCCUUUUGAAUGCUGGCAGUGCUUUCACUCUAUUAGUAGCAUGAGACGGAGUCUACAACCCACACAAGUGGCUCAGGUAGUGCAGCUCAUCCAGGAUGGCACAUCAAUGCGAGCUGUGGCAAGAAGACUUACUGUGUCUGUCAGCAUAGUGUCCAGAGCAUGGAGGCGCUACCAGGAGACUUUGAGGAGGCUGUAGGAGGUCAACAGCCAAGCAGCAGGACCGCUACCUCCGCCUCUGUGCAAGGAGGUGCAGGAGGAGCACUGCCAGAGCCCUGCAAAAUGACCUCCAGCAGGCCACAAAUGCACAUGUGUCCACUCAAACGGUCAGAAACAGACUUCAUGAGGGUUGUAUGAGGGCCUGACGUCCAAAGGUGGGGGUUGGGCUUACAGCCCAACACCGUGCAGGAUGUUUGGCAUUUGCCAGAGAACACCAAGAUUGGCAAAUUCGCCAAUGGCACCCUGUGCUCUUCACAGAUGAAAGUAAGCUCACACUGAGCACAUGUGACAAACAUGACAGGGUCUGGAGACGGCGUGGAGAACUUUCUGCUGUCUGCAAUAUCCUCCAGCAUGACCGGUUUGGCGGUGGGUCAGUAAUGGGGUGGGGUGGCAUUUCUUUUGGGGGCCACACAGCCCUCCAUGUGCUUGCCAGAGGUAUCCUGACUGCCAUUAGGUACCGAGAUGAGAUCCUCAGACCCCUUGUGAGACCAUAUGCUGGUGCAAUGGUUUACCCUGGGUUCCCCCUAAUGCAAGACCAUGCUAGACCUCAUGUGGCUGGAGUGUGUCAGCAGUUCCUGCAAGAGGAAGCCAUUGAUGCUAUGGACUGGCCCACCCAUUCCCCAGACUUGAAUCCGAUUGAGCACAUCUGGGACAUAAUGUCUCGCUCCAUCCACCAAUGCCACAUUGCACCACAGACUGUUCAGGAGUUGAUGGAUGCUUCAGUCCAGGUCUGGGAGGACAUCCCUCAGGAGACCAUCCUCCACCUCAUCAGGAGCAUGCCCAGGCAUUGUAGGUCAUCCGGGCACGUGAAGGCCACAAACACUACUGAGCCUCAUUUUGAUUUGUUUUAAAGUGUACCUGUCAUCAACAAAAAACUUUUUUAUAAAACGCAUAUAAUACCAUUAUAUGUAUAUUUGUAAUAUACAUUGGUUAAAAAAUAUGUAUAUUUUUGUCCCUGCAUCUGCCUGUGUGUCUCUAUGAGGAGUUCAAAUACAGGAAGUGAUGGUGGACAAGCAGGGCUCUGUGCAGUGAGGCUGUGACAUGCUAUGGGUUCAAACAUGAGGAUGAUUGACAAGCCAGGAGCCUGCACAGAGCCCUGCUUCUCCUGUCCUCACUUCCUGUAUUUGGGCUCCUCACAGGCAAUAGCUGCAGGGACAGCAUUUUUUCACCCAGAUAUAUACACAUUUUUAAUCAAUGUAUAUAACAAAUAUACAUAUAAUUGUAUUAUCUACAUAAUAUAAAAUGUUUAUGUUGACGACAGGUAAACUUUAAGGACAUUACAUAAAGUUGGAUCAGCCUGUAGUGUGGUUUUCCACUGUGAUUUUGAGUGUGACUCCAUAUCCAGACCUCCAUGGGUUGAUAAAUUUGAUUUCCAUUGAUAAUUUUGUGUGAUUUUGUUGUCAGCGCAUUCAACUAUGUAAAGACGAAAGUAUUUAAUAUGAUUAGUUCAUUCAUUCAGAUCUAGGAUGUGUUAUCUUAGUGUUCUCUUCAUUUUUUGAGCAGUGUGUAUGGUAAGGCGUGUUAUAUUAACAAAAGUCUGCUAGCUGGAAGACAUAUGAAAGACUCAGAGGUCCUUCUGAUAUUGAAUAUAAUGUAGGAACCAUAUGACUUAUCAUCUAUCUCUUCCAUUGCAUUGUAUUUAUUAGAAGUUAGAACCUAGUUUUUAACUCUGGAACGUCUGUUUUCUUUCAUUACAAAAGGGGUUGUCCAAGAUUAGUACAAUGUUAACUUGAAUAACAGUGAGCUGCAAUAUCUGGCACAGACCAGUGGCCCUGUUUCUGGUAAAAGAAAGAACUAAAGCCCACAAGAAGGGCUGUUGGGACCCCCUCGAUUUCUGGGUCGGCACCACGGAACCCUGAACAUAGAAGCUAGGAGCUUUCGUGUUUGUGACAUCACACCAUGUCACACCACGCCCCCUCCAUUCUUGUCUAUGAGAGGGGGCAUGACAGCUAGUGCAUAGCCAUCACGCCUCCGCCGAUAGACAUGAGUGGAGGAGGCAUAACGGCUGUGGUCACCUGUCUUCUAGCACAGAGUGGAGUUCAGGCUUCAUGCACCUGAUGACUGGGGUGCCACUCUGGAGAUCCUGGGGGAACCCAGCAGCAAUCAGACAUCUUAGAGGAUAAGAUGUUUAGCCUCGGAGUAGCCCUUUAAUAUAGAUGUUUUUAGUCAAAAGGUCACCAUUCAGCCUUUUUUUUUUACAAUAUGGUAUUGGGAUGGGUGAGGGGGG